AUGAGCUUAAUUUCGACAAUCGCUACCUACCACUUCUUGAUCCUACCGUUACUCGCUUCUCCGGACAGGGAAAAUUCAACAACUCACCAACCGGAGUCCCUAAGCCGCCAGAAACGUUUUCUCAUCUUUCCUCGUGGCAAUCCCACUCGGCACCAGUUGGUAGCUGGGUUUGGCAUUCCGGUGGACUUGGUACUGGAAUCCAUCACCGUCGGUUACGUCUUCAAGGCGGUCUACUUCCUACCGUACAAUGAAACCCAUCUGAUUCCACCAUUCCUGAAUAGAGACGAGGCAAAUUUGGAGCCCCCGGCUAUCCAGUUGGGUCAGUGGAGGAACUUUGUUGAAAGACCACCAGCACCGGAGGAAGAAGUGGGACAGCAAUCUGAAGAUGAGGGAGAAAACGAGUCUGCACGUGCUAGCUCCACGGAUGGUUCCAGGUGGUCUUUCUACAAGAUGCUCGAGGCAAUCGGUGAUCAAAAAGGCUACAACGGACGCAGUUGUCUGCUGAGAACGAUUUGCGAGGCAGCCGAGGCCAGAUUCUCCCACUCGAACGGCAUCCUCGGGGAGCUGUUGCAUAUCCUGUUUACUCCAUCAACGAGCGCUGAUCAUCGAGGCAGGUUUAAACGCGACGACACAACGGAAGAAGAUCCUCUGCAUCGAGAAUACCGCCGGGCGGAGUUGUUGGCACACCAACACAGUGGCCGCUCCCCGGACACCUCGAUCUGUUCGGAUAUGUUUGCCGAUUGUCCCUUCUCGUUAUUGGGACUGUUUUCUGAAGUGACCAAAGGCUAGUUAAAGUUUUGUCUUCUUUUAACAAAUCUGUAUUGUAGUUUUUUCCUCUAAAAAAAAUUACUUACAAUAGUUUAUAAUUUUGUCACUUUUAGGUGGGAUUCAGUACAUUCGUAUUUGCAAAAAUGUGUUCAUUUUUUAAGAAUAACUUUUCCUCUGGUAAAAAUACUGUUCUGAAAUUAGGGUUUAGUAUUUUAGCAAUAAAUAGAUGGGUUGCAAUUACAAUCUAACAGAUAUUAUUCGUACUCGAAAAAAACCUUAGCUUGCAAUAAAUUUUGUGUUGUGUUGUUCAGAUUUUGAACUUAGAGGCUUCUACUCGAAAAAAAAAUUCUAUAAAAAUCGAUUGUCUGUUUGCGUUUG